UUACACCCGAAGUGUAAACUGAAGCCCUAAUUUUUCGUUCUCCAUUUUCAUUUUCUCCGCUCUCAGUAUUCUGUCUCUCAUUUACAUUUACACACACUGGCCGUGGAUCCAUCUUCGCCACCAUUUUCCUCCGCAGCCGCCGAGAAACAAUUAAGAAUCUUGUUUCUAUUGUUCAAAGCUGAGAUCUUUACCUGUAAAAUCAAGAAUCUCUCCCCGCCCAUGUCUUUCUCAGAUCCAUGAUUUUCACUGAACCUACUGAAAAUUAACUACCUAUAGACGUAUAUAUACAUAUAUACUUGCGGGAAUACAUACAGAAGUUGUGAGGAUGGGUUCGAUACGGCUAGAUCUGAGUGGCAAGAUUUAUCCAGAACCGAUCGAUCACUUUGACAGGCUACCGGAUUCACUCGUGCUCUUGAUCUUCAACAGUAUAGGAGAUGUCAAGGCUUUGGGCCGAUGCUGCGUGGUUUCUAGAAGAUUCCACUCGCUUGUUCCUCAGGUGGAUAAUGUCAUCGUCCGGGUCGAUUGUGUCAUCUCCGACGAUGAUCCUGCCUCCUCUUCCACCUCAUCUGGCUAUUCUGUCGCCUAUAAGUCUCGCAACCCUGUAACCUCUUUGUUUCGCUUCGUUUUCUCUGGUCUCUUUAAGCCGCUUCAGUCAUUGACCCAGCUUAUUACUUCCUCGACUCGCUGCCACUCAAUUUCAUCAAAUUCAGAAGAAUUGAACCUUGAUUCUCACCGGAACAGCGUGACUCACCAUUCCCCUACUCAGGUCUUGAAGAAUUUUAACGAAAUUAAGCUUCUCAGAAUUGAAUUGCCGAGAGGGGAGCUCGGGAUUGAUGAAGGUAUUUUGCUCAAGUGGAAGGCAGAUUUUGGGUCCACACUGGAUAAUUGCGUCAUUCUUGGAGCCUCCAGUGUAAGUCAGACUGUGAAAAAUAGUGAAUUUUCUGGUGCUUGUACUGUUAAUAAUGAUAACAAUGGGAACAGCAUUGGAGCCGAGAACGAUAAUGGGAGCAUUCCUGAACCAUUUUACACUAAUGGGGGCUUGAAAGUACGUGUAGUGUGGACAAUAAGCUCCUUGAUUGCAGCCUCUGCUAGGCAUUAUCUGCUUCAGCCAAUAAUAGCGGAGCACAAGACGCUAAAGAGCUUGGUUUUGACGGAUGCCGAUGGGCAGGGAGUGUUGUCUAUGAAUGAAGAGCAGUUGGAGGAGCUGAGGAUGAAGCCUCUAUCAGCUUCCUCAGCUUACAAGAGGACUCUGGUUCCAGCUCUGAACAUGCGGUUGUGGUAUGCUCCCUAUUUGGAAUUGCCCAAUGGGAUGGUAUUGAAAGGAGCGACUCUAGUGGCCAUCAGGCCUAGUGAGCAGCCGAAGGAGGUGGUGAGGUCAGAAGGAAAUUGGGUUGUGUCAGCUUUUGAAGAGCCGUUUGAGACAGCUGCGAGGAUGUUGGUGAAGAGGAGGACUUAUUGUCUGGAAAUGAACUCAUUCUGAAUUGGGAAACGGUGACUGAGUUUCUGAGGUCUUUCAAGGAAAGCUGAAGGAUUGCCUUUUCAACAAAGGAGGAUAUACUUGUUCUGAGAGGCAGAGAACACCCAAUUUUGUCACCUACAGAAGAUAAUUUUGAUUUCCAUUACAAAUGAAUACCAGCCAUUUGUUGGUUAUGAGCCAUAAAUCCAUCGACCUAAGGUUAAAAUUUGAACUGAUAGAUGAUGGCAUCUUUUUUUAAGGGUGAACAAAAUGCUUCUGGAAUAUAUUGUACAAGCCUUGUGCCAACACUUUGUCAUCAACCUUACUAGUUACAUAUCUGUGUAUAUUUUAGCUAUUGAGAUCUUUGCUAAUAAUGUCCCCUUUUAAGGUUCAUUGAGCAACAUAUCUUGCAUUUCAGCUGUGUAUUCAUGUUAGUUGAUCGCUGACAAUAAAUAUGUGAAUAUGGCAGACAUCUUGUUUAAAAGUAAUUUCUCGACUCUGUUUGGGGAGGAUUCUGGUAGCAUAUGCUACGUGCUUAAAAUGAAUGCAUCGAGAUACUUGUAUGUU